CCUCGCAGUCCCGCCCGCCCCUCCGGCCGCCCCUGCCGCGCGCGCCGCAGCAGCGCCGCCUUCCCUGCGCAGUCGGUGUCUCCGCGUCGCUGGGUGGGACUUGGCUCGGCGGCCAUGGGCAAGCAGAACAGCAAGCUGCGGCCCGAGAUGUUGCAGGACCUGCGGGAGAACACGGAGUUCUCAGAGCUGGAGCUGCAGGAGUGGUACAAGGGCUUCCUCAAGGACUGCCCCACAGGAAUCCUCAACGUGGACGAGUUCAAGAAGAUCUACGCCAACUUCUUUCCCUAUGGUGACGCCUCCAAGUUUGCCGAGCAUGUCUUCCGCACCUUUGACACCAACAGCGAUGGCACCAUAGACUUUCGGGAGUUCAUCAUUGCGCUGAGCGUGACCUCACGCGGCCGCCUGGAGCAGAAGCUCAUGUGGGCCUUCAGCAUGUAUGACCUGGACGGCAAUGGCUACAUCAGCCGGGAGGAGAUGCUGGAGAUCGUGCAGGCCAUUUACAAGAUGGUUUCGUCCGUGAUGAAGAUGCCGGAGGACGAGUCGACCCCGGAGAAGAGGACUGAGAAAAUCUUCCGCCAAAUGGACACAAACAACGACGGCAAGCUGUCCCUGGAGGAGUUCAUCCGCGGAGCCAAAAGCGACCCAUCCAUCGUGCGCCUGCUGCAGUGCGACCCCAGCAGCGCCUCCCAGUUCUGAGAGGAGCCAGUUCCCCCUUCCGCCCUCCCUUCACCGUCUCCCUCCCGGCUCUUAGCUUCCUCUCCCUUGUGUGUAUUCUGGCUGGGGGCCAGAUUGGGGAAGCCCUUCUCCCCGGGUCUGCUCUAUGGGGGGCUUCCGGAAAAGGGAACCCUGCGGUACCCCCAGGCCAAAGCAAGUAAGCAGUUAGCACCCCCCAAUCCGAGAGGCAACAAUAGAGACACAGGCUGGGUUGGUCUGCUUCUCAGUCAGGUCCCCUUACCCACCCACCAGCCCCGAGGCCAGACACCUCUCCCAAAGGGGCAGUCUCCCCGUCUUGCAGAUCUCAGCUUGCGGGGUGGGGGGAGUCAUGCCCAGGGGAGGAGCCUUUUUAUCUGGAGGGGAGAGAAGGAUUGUAGGGGUGUGGAGUUGGAGAAAGAGGGUUCCUCGAGCCACCCUUCCCACCCCAGCCCUUGCUGGUCCCCAGGCCAAGCCACCAAGUGAAACCUUCCAGGAUACUAGCCCCGCCAGCUGUGGGUCCCAGAAAGCCCGCCUGCCUUUUAGCACUUGGAUACACACAGACCCACGGAGUUCCUGUGUUUUGCCUCUCACACACAUACAGGCCCACAGACAGAUGGGCAGAUGCACCCAGAGCCCCAUGCACAGCGUCCUGCGUGAGAAAGAGACACGGCCCCCUGGCUGAGCCCCUGUCCUCCCCUCUGUCCCCCCAAUCGCCCCCCCCCCCGCAUGCAGCCAAAUGGAGCAUCUCUGUUCUUUUUAAUAAUUUCAGAAUAAAGUCUCAUUUCAGUGCA